GGCGACGCAUACGCGCGCUACAUUAUUAUGUUUAGCAAGACAUGCUAGCUACCGAUAAUGGCUAAAAUAAGCUCAGACAAGUUGUGGGAGCUGGCCGCGGCGGAGGUCCAAAGUGUGGAGAAUGGAGGUGCGGAGGAGGGUGGAGGAGAGGCGGUUGGUGAGAGGACUGUCUUCCUGAUGGGGAGCAAGGCCGGGGGCAAGACGUCCAUUCUACUCAGAUGUCUGGACAGGGAUGAGCCGGCUAAACCUACUCUGGCUCUGGAGUACACCUUUGGCAGGAGAGCCACAGGACACAACACACCCAAAGACAUUGCCCAUUUAUGGGAGUUAGGAGGCGGUACAUCCUUGUCAGACCUGGUCCAGAUACCCAUCACUCCUGCCAGCAUAAGGUCUCUGUCUGUCAUCCUCGUCUUGGACCUUUCCAGUCCAAACGCCCUGUGGGGGACUAUGGAGAAGCUGAUGCAAGCGGCACAAGUCCAAGUGGAGAAGGCUGCCUCUCAGGUGAUGCAGGAUGAAAAAAGUCGAGCUGGAUCCAAACACCAAACGUCUGUCUCCUCUGCGACGCGUGUCCUGCCCAAAGACUACCCCGACAGAGAGCUGAUCAGUCCUUUCCCAGUUCCUCUGCUUAUUGUCGGCAGCAAGUACGACCGCUUUCAGGAAUUCUCCUCCGACCAGAGAAAAGUGGUGUCUAAGACGUUGCGUUUUGUUGCUCACUACCACGCGGCUUCUCUCAUUUUCACGAGCAUCAAGUCGGAGAGCCAGAUGUCAAAAACGAAGAGCUUCUUCUCCCGUCUGGCUUUCAAUGUGGAAACAAGUAAAACAAUAUCAUGUGACUCCAGUAAGCCACUCAUCAUUCCAGCAGGUGCCGAUUCUUUCAGCCAAAUCGGGUCCCCUCCCACGACCAAUGUGGACAUUGCUUCCCUGCAUGCCAGAAACCCCAAAGACCUGUGGAAGAAAGUCUUUGAGCACAUCUUCCCUCCAGAGAGCCUCAGUGAGCAGAAGGAGCUGAAGGAUCCAGCCAAGGACCCUCAAUACAGCGAGCCUCAGAUUGAUGCCAUGCGGGCACAGAAAGAUCAGGAGCUGGAAGAGUACAAGAAGAACGCAGCAAAGUCCUGGAAAGGCCUAGAACUGGACACAUAAGACCCAAAAAGCUCCUGAACAGGAUAAGAUGCAAACAAUGAAUGACAUUAGAAAGUUUUUUUGUUUUUUUUACAGUAAUGCACAAAGGCAAGCAUACAAAUCAUGUAAAUGGAGAAACAACUUUUUAUUAGUCCCUCUACAUACUGUACAUAGUCAUUCUUCCAUGCAGUGUAAUUAACACGUCUAUUCAAUCAAUCGCAGUGUCAUGGUCGCCCAAUGUGUGGUCUACAAAAUAACUCCCAAAUUGGCACAUUGUCAAAACACAUUGGCAUGAACCCCUUGAUGCAGUUUAUUUUUCAUUAACUCCACAAGAUGACAGCAGCUGCAUUUGAAUAAUCGUGAGUGAUCAGCAUCCAGCAGCUUUAACUAUCUACCUCUGCAUGCGCUUUAAAAUGUUGCUACUCAGCUGUUGGGGUGAAACUCGCGUGUCACUGUUUAUAAUAAACUUAUCUUAACGCUGA